GGACACUGCAGUGAAAGUCCGGAGAAGCGGUUUCCUGUGCAGUGAGUGAGGCACCGCUACAGGUCUGUGCUGGUCCUGGCAGGAUGACAGUUCUCAAGGCUCUUUAACUGCGGGUCAGUGAGCGACCCAUUCUGAUAGAAAAUUGGAUUAGAACAGCGAGCGCAGUUUAAGAAACGGGUUUAAGACGGACUCCUCCUCCGUCACGCCACCCUUCCCUCGAGACCGUCGGGUGUUUGACCUCUCGCUCAGGUUCUUCUGUAUUAUUAUUAUUCCUCCUCGCGCCAGCAAUAUAUCCCGUUCAGUAAUUCGACCAGACGCUGCGGACAUGUCAACAUCCAGCGAAUGCAGCUUCAGCUAUGAAGAGUACAAAGAAACAGCAGACUGGCUUCUUGCUAAUACAGAUAUCAGGCCCAAAGUGGCAAUAAUCUGUGGUUCGGGACUCGGCGGAUUGGCUGACCUGCUGGACAACAAGCAAGUGUUUCCUUAUGACAAAAUCCCACGCUUUCCACACAGCACAGUGCAAGGACAUAAAGGUCAGCUGGUGUUUGGAGAGCUGAAUGGGAAGCAGUGUGUUUGCAUGCAAGGCCGUUUCCAUUUUUAUGAGGGCUAUAACGUUGCUACGGUCACAUAUCCAGUAAGAGUGUUUUUCCUUCUUGGGAUUGAGACUCUGAUUGUGACCAAUGCUGCUGGAGGACUCAAUCCUAAAUUUAAAGUGGGUGACAUCAUGGUUAUCAAAGACCAUAUCAAUAUGCCAGGCUUUGCAGGCCAGAAUCCCCUGUGUGGACGCAAUGAGGAAAGAUUUGGAGUGCGCUUCCCCUGCAUGUCUGAUGCUUAUGACCGAGAUUUGGCACAGCUGGUCCGGAAAACUGCCAAAGAACUGGGCUGUGACUCCUUCCUCCAGGAGGGCGUUUACUGUAUGUUGGCUGGACCGUCCUAUGAGACCAUUGCAGAAUGCAGAGUUCUACAGAUGCUUGGUGCGGAUGCUGUGGGCAUGAGUACCGUUCCAGAAGUGGUGAUCGCUCGACACUGUGGGAUCCGUGUGUUUGGACUCUCUCUUAUUACCAACAAAGUAGUGACCGACUACGACAGCAAGGAACGCGCCAAUCACGAAGAAGUCCUGGAAACCACCCGAAUGCGAACUGAAGACCUGCAAAGGAUAGUCAGCAAUGUAGUGAGAAAAAUGUAGCAAAAACAAUGAUUGACCUCAAAUACUGCUGCUGAUUUAAACGCACUGAUUUUCACCAAGACAGCUUAACAAUGUAGAAUGCAUACAGUAUACUUCUUUACGCUUCUCACAUAUCUUAUUCAGGGUAACUUUAUGAACUUUCCAGUGCCUCAAAAUUUAGGCUAGGUUCAUUUUGUUUACUUUUAAUGUUGAUCACACUGCUGUAAACACCGUGGUACUAACACAUCACUGUGAGACUAGGUAUUAAUAUCACAUGUAUACUGUAUAAUGCAUUCGCUUCCUUCCUAAAAUGAAUGUUAAGAACAAAUGAAGUUGCAGCAUUACAUAA